UGCGCACAGAGUCUCGGUAGCCAGAGGCUAACCUCAGUGACUGCGGAGUGAGCGUGUGGUCGCGUUGCAGACUUCGAAACGCCCGCGUUUGGUUUCCCCGGCACACGCUGACUGAGUGCUGGCCUUGCUGCAGAGUAGAGGUGUCAAGUCGCCGGUUGUUACGCACUUUGCAUUCAGCUGUGAUUUCCAUUUCCGGCUCUUCUGUACUGUUUUGUGAGAAGGCUGCCUGAUUUCACAUUCUCACAAGCAAGUGCACAGGGCUUCCAGUCUCCACCUAGGAGAAUUUGUGAGAAGCUUCUAUAAUGGUCUAUCUGGGCCUUAUCAGAGCUGCCCAUGAGCAUAUCUACCUGGUGAGGAAAGUCAGUCAUGUCUGCAGAUGCCAUCAACAUCGGGCCUGGGGCUCAAGACCAGCUGCAUCACAGUUUGCUGUCCAAGGUGCUCCAGGCAGCGUGCUGGAGCUGCUUGGUAAAUCCUACCCUCAGGAUGACCACACUAACCUUACCCAGAAGGUCCUUUCAAAGGUGGGUAGGAACCUGCACAACCAGAAGUUCCAUCCUCUGUGGCUCAUCAAGGAGCGGGUGAAGGAACACUUCUACCAGCAGUAUAUGGGGCGAUCCAGGACACCUCUGUUCUCUGUCUAUGACCAGCUUCCUCCAGUGGUUACCACUUGGCAGAACUUUGAUAGCCUGCUAAUCCCAGCUGACCACCCCAGCAGAAAGAAGGGGGACAACUAUUACUUGAAUCGGGUACACAUGCUGAGAGCACACACAUCAGCACAUCAGUGGGACUUGCUGCAUGCGGGACUUAAUGCCUUCCUCGUGGUAGGUGAUGUGUAUCGGCGUGACCAGAUUGAUUCCCAGCACUACCCCGUUUUCCACCAGCUGGAGGGUGUCCGGCUCUUCUCCAAGCAUGAGUUAUUUGCUGGAGUAAAAGAUGGAGAAAGCUUGCAGCUCUUUGAAGAAAGUUCUCGCUCUGCUCAUAAGCAAGAGACACACACCAUGGAGGCUGUGAAACUUGUGGAAUUUGACCUUAAACAAGUACUGACUAGGCUGGUGACACAUCUUUUUGGAGAUGGGCUGGAGGUUCGGUGGGUGGACUGCUACUUUCCCUUUACCCACCCUUCCUUCGAGAUGGAGAUCAACUUCCGUGGAGAAUGGCUGGAAGUCCUUGGUUGUGGGGUGAUGGAACAGCAGCUAGUCAAUUCAGCUGGUGCUCAGGAUCGAAUCGGCUGGGCCUUUGGCCUGGGAUUAGAGAGACUGGCGAUGGUCCUCUAUGAUAUCCCUGACAUCCGCCUUUUUUGGAGUGAGGAUGAGCGCUUCCUGAAGCAGUUCCGCCUGUCAGACAUCAAUCAGAGUGUCAAGUUUCAGGAAGCACUCUUACCCACUGAGCAUCUUUCCUGUACCCGAAGGAGGACUUUAAAGCCUCUUAGCAAGUACCCCGCUGUGUUCAAUGACAUUUCAUUCUGGCUGCCCUCCGAGAACUACACGGAGAAUGAUUUCUAUGACAUUGUCCGAACAGUCGGAGGAGACUUGGUGGAAAAGGUUGAUCUUAUAGACAAGUUUAAACAUCCAAAGACACACAGGACCAGCCACUGCUACCGAAUUACCUACCGCCACAUGGAACGAACACUGUCCCAGAGAGAAGUCAGCAGUGUCCACCAGGCUGUGCAGGAGGCCGCUGUGCAGCUGCUGGGCGUGGAAGGCCGUUUUUGAUGUCGUGGCAUUAUACAGGCUGUAGCCCUCUUAGAGCACCAGGACUCUCCAGAAAGGGGGAGCCACAGUGUUUGUGAACUGGAGUGUCUGUCCUCAUUUGAUAAAUGGGUCUGCUUUAGGACUUUCAGGAAAUAAAGGAUCACUUUUUAGAAGCAUUGA